AUGGCGGGAUUGAAGUUUCCAAGGCGCUACUUCAUUGUCUUCCUGACUUUCAUCUGCACAAACGUCUGCUACAUUGAGCGGGUCGGCUUCUCCAUUGCCUACACAGCUGCUGCUGAUGCUGUCGGGGUGAGCCAGUCCAGCAAGGGCCUGAUCCUCUCGGCCUUCUUCUAUGGGUACGCUGUCUCGCAGGUGCCCGGAGGAUGGGCGGCGCAGCUCAUUGGUGGCCGGCGGGUCCUCCUCAUGUCCUUCCUGCUCUGGUCCCUCACCUGCGCCCUCUUCCCACUGGACCCUGCAAGGGCCACCUUGCUUGCCUCUGCUCGCCUGCUCAUCGGCAUUGCACAGGGCUUCAUCUUCCCUUCAAUCCACACCGUACUGGCACAGUGGGUGCCUCCCCAUGAGCGCUCCCGCUCAGUCUCCCUCACCAUGUCCGGCAUGUACCUUGGUGCGGCAGCGGGCAUGCUGGUUCUCCCCAGCUUGGUGAAGCUCAGAGGUCCUCAGUCGGUGUUCAUGGCAGAGGCCUCCUUGGGCUUCCUCUGGUCCCUACUCUGGUACAGAUUCUCUACUGACCCUUCCACUCUGGACACCCUCAAGGCUAGCUCCGCUGGCUUCCUCCCCCUCUCCAAGCUCAAGGAUGACAGCAGCCGGCGACAGGCAGCAGUGCCACCGGCAUCAUCAGUCGGAAUUCCCUGGGGGAAGAUCUUCCUCAGCCCAGCGAUCUGGGCAAUUGUGGUGAACAACUUCACCUUCCACUAUGCUCUGUACGUGCUGAUGAACUGGCUGCCGACCUACUUCGAGCAGGGCCUGGAGGUGAGCCUCCAGGAGAUGGGGUCAUCCAAGAUGCUGCCUUACCUCAACAUGUUCGUCUUCUCCAACCUGGGCGGAUGGGCGGCGGACCACCUGAUCACCCGGCGGGUACUCUCUGUGACCCGGACCCGGAAACUGCUGAACACGAUGGGAUUCGUCACCGCUGCUGCCGCACUGGUGGCGUUGCCAUCAUUUCGCAGUGCUGCCGGGGGGGUAGCCUGCUCUUCUGCCUCGCUGGGCUUCCUGGCCCUGGGGAGGGCGGGCUUCGCUGUGAACCAUCUGGACGUCGCUCCGAGGUAUGCGGGCAUUGUCAUGGGAGUGUCCAACACGGCUGGCACACUGGCUGGGAUUAUUGGCGUAGGCCUCACAGGGAGCAUCCUGGAGGCGGCGAAGGGGGGCAGCGCCACUGGGGACCUAUCCACCGCUGCUGCCUGGAGGCCCGUCUUCUUCGUCCCCGGCUAUCUCUGCCUGUUCAGUGCCGCUUUCUUUCUCGUCUUCUCCACCGGCGAAAGGAUCUUCGACUGA